UGCGACGAGCAUCGCUGGCAGACGGUCGUGUGGCCUACUAACCGCCACUGUGUAGGACGGAGCGUCAUUCACUUUUUCUGGAGUCAGAGCCAAGAUGAGCUCUGCUGGCGCCGUUCUGUGCUACUGGUCACUGCUCCUCGCCCUCCUGGUCAGCGAGCACCCGACGACCGCUGAUGGGGACAAGGGUCCGAAGCCUUGCUCAAGCCCUAAUCAUGUCUGCACCACACUGAUGCGUUAUCCUGACGGUUACACUGCUGACGAAGGCCCCAACUGUUUUUGCGGCGAAACGACGGCAUGCAGCAGCGAAUGGGAAGAAAACAGCGACAAUACUCUUACCUGGCAGCACUAUGAGAGAGGGCACUGGAGAGUACAAUACAAGUUCUGCAAGCCAGUCUUUGCUGAGAUGAGGCAGUGUGAGCCGGAUGAGCGAGCCGUCACCAUUAAUACAGAGGUCAAGACGUGGAAGCCGUACAUUGACCAGGCGCGCUGUCGGUGUCCACACAGUACGGGUACCAGCACCUUGUAUCAGCUCAGUGGGUGGAAGCGAGAAGGUGCUCAGUGGAAAUAUCACUACAACUGUCACAAGGUGGAAUGUAAAUAUUAUCCCUUGGGCACCGAACUAAACAAGCGAGGAUCAGAAUGUGCGAAAGUGUACAUAGACCAAUACAAAACCAGUGACAAGGUACAGGAAGUAAUAUUCCUAUGCGCAUGCCCGGAGGGUCAGAUGUGUCCAGCGCGCCUACGCAAAGACAACAAAGACGAAGUGGACUUGAAGGAAGAUGACCAUGGUAUAUUUGUGAUGAAAUACUGCGAAAGCAAUCACCAAACGGAAAACAACAAGUAAAGGAUAACGAAAAAGCAAUGAUGCCACAGGAUAAUCAACAGAUUUUCACUGUAGGAGGGGUAGCGAAGGAAGUCAGACUGGCAAAGACAAAGAUAAAAGAUGUAACAUUAAGUGGCACGACUCAGCAACAUGACAUAUUACCACAAAACAACACACAUUAAGAUCCAGACACGGUGUUUGUGCUACCAGCCGUAACAUGACCAGUGAUCAUGAGAGCACAGCGCGUAUGAACACCUCUCACUCUUGUUGUGUAUUGUAGUCGAGCGUGAACUUCAAGUCCUUGAUUUUACCCUUAAAACCAAAUGUAAUAAUGUAGGUAAUGUGGUUUAGUUAAAGAUUAUUCUCAGUGAUAAAGUGUCUCAUUAUUACAACGAAGAAAUGUUGCUUUGUGGUGAACUUCCUAUUUGUAUACCUUCACUAUUUGCCAAACGUUGUCAUCACAAUACUUUCCCACACUCAGAUCCCUGCCUGUGGUCACACCCCACUGAUCUCAUCUCCUAGGUUACGACUCACUUAUCCCUUUCUCGCGAUUAAUUCGCACUUUAUGUGGAAUCGACAAUGUCAUCUUUGUAAAUAUCUGUCUACAUUGCUAUUUCCUUCGACUUAUCUUUUAAGUAAUAGGGAACAUCAAUUUAUCCAAUCGGAUGAUGUAUAUUCAGCAUUCCAUAAACACUUUAUGCACGUGCGCAUAAAGAUAUCUUACUUCUUAUGAGUUAAAUAAAACCAAGAAAAUAUAUUUGCAGUCAAUGUUACAAUGCAGUCUCUGAGAUAAUGACUGUGAUUCUUUGUUUUAAAUUCUUCCUAUGAGAGUACAAAUAAUAAAACAUUCGUGGACUUUAUGUCUUGCAACAGAGGAAAAGGUAAAAAAAAAAAUUAUCAAAAAAGACAAGAAAUGUGAAAAUAAAUACAGAGUUGUUGUUUUUUUUUCUUUAGCUUUUUUGCACGUGCUCGGAAAUGGAGCAUGAACGCAAAGCCCGACGAGUACAUAUAUACAAAGUAUUCUGUACGAUAUACAAAAAACACAAGAUUUUGUAGUGAGCAUACAAAACACAUUGCACCUCUAUUUUCACAGUGGCAUAAAUAAAACUCAAUUGCUCAUCCAUAUGAGACAUUAAACUAAAAAUUUUAAGGAACGAAACCUGCAGUUGACGUUGGUCGGUGACAGUCUUGCCACUAUCUCAAAGCAAUUCUGGGUGGUCUGACCUACACACUGAUACAGAGAAAUUAAAAAAUUGCCCUAAUAAUGGUGAUCAUUAACAACAACUGAGGAAAGCAGCACUGACUAUGACUUAUUUAGGUUACGCUUGGCAAUCAAUGGGUCCUCAGGAAAGACUUGACAGAGAAUUAAUCAUAGUAGACAAAAAAAAAAAAUCCUCAUACAAAACACCCCCCAAAAAGUUCGAAAGCAAUAGAUCUAAAACAAACAGCGACGCAUAUAACAGAGACUUUGCUCGUAAGGUUGUCUAAGCCAGCGGAUCUCAAAGUAUUUUGGACAGCGAACCACUUUACUGAAGUAAAAAUGUGGCGGACCACCAAGGUCUAAAAUCACUCUGUACCGUGAAUUUCAAAGUUAAAUAAACCGCAUUUGUUUCAAAACUAAAUGUACUUUUGUGAGCCAUGAUAUAGCCUUAGUUGCUGGCAUGGCAUAAAAUACCAAAGAACAAACUUUUGUGACAGUAGUAUAGAAUAAAAUUACAUACUUCGUAAUACGUGUACACAUAAAAAAUAAGGAACUGCACUGGGCUACUAAGGGUAACAGGUGACGUGGUUACAUGACGCAAUGCUCGCGCUGUGACGUAAAGACUUGGUAAGGGAACGUUUGGUGCGAACGAGCAAUUAUAACUCGUGUGAAGUAAAUACUGGACUAAUUAGCGUAUAUCUGACGAUUUAAACAUCACUUUGCUGUCAUACGACUAAAUCAGCCGCGGACCACCUGACUUAUGCGUGCGGCCCACAAGUAAGCAAAAAAAGAAAAAAAGUCAAAAUACAAGUUUAAAUAGGAAUCCCGUUUAUUUGCCAUUCUGAGAUACGUUUUCUGCAUGUGUAUUGCCAAUUAAGCGGCCAUUUUUGUUUAAUAAGAUGGCGGCAAAACUUUUUCGCAUGGUUCUACUUAAAAUAGGCAGCUCAGCUUGCGUAUAUAUCUUGUUCGAACAACGUAUGGCUCUUUUAGAAAUGGCAGGGGCGAAACGACCAGCCCCUCUUGAGAAGCCAGUUGUUUGUCAUGUGCUGUGAUUCUACUUGUCCAACAAGAAAUACCAAUAUAUGUCUGUGUCCAGCGGAUAUAUAUAUUGAAUAUCAUAACAUGAUAGCUUAACGGAUUUCCGAAAAUUUACAUCUUUAUGAAGGUAACAAACUGGAAAUAUUUAAGACUAAUAAUUCCUGGGUAUUGUAAACGCGCGUGUUUUCCCAUUCAGUAGAUCUAGCAGCUAAAGCACGAAGACGAAUAAUUAGCAUCUUAAAAUUUCUUUGGAAGUAAGGAGACACUUCUAAAUUAUUACAUAAUGUGGCCUUUUUAUGAUGCAUUAAAAAUUCUAGAUCAUUGUCAUGUACGUGUUAACUUAAAUGGGGAGGUAACAAUCGCUCCAAUUAGCGUCUAGGGUGGCUUGUCGACAAGCCCGAGGCCCCUCAUUCAAGAAGAGGGGGCUGGGCGUACGUGCCCGCGUAUGCGGAAGGAACUCAGAGAUGUUGUAAGUGGGAGACAGCCCUAAGUGGUUACAGCAUGGACGUGUAUUCUUCACAUCUGCCAUGGCAGAUCACUUCUCGGCACGACGUAAGAGUGGACGGAGCAACUGAUCAGCAGUUGACGGACAUGCAGGGCCAUACUUUUGAGGGAAAGUCAUCAGAGUGCGUGACUGUCGCCAGGCGUAUUGGUCUCCACCAAACCAUCAUCGCUGACCCACAAAUACGAGAACAGCUUAAUGGUUGUUAAUAUAUUUGCACUCGUUGUGGGUGUGAGCUUGGCUGAAUAAAGAAAUAUUGUCAUUGUCAUAUAUUUCUUAAUUGUCUGUUGAUUCAAUAUCCCUUUGUUAAUUACUUUCUAGCUGACUCUUAGUGGUUACUGUAUCUCUGUGUCUUCACUUUAUCUUCAGCAUUAGAAAUCUUUUUGUUUCUUCAUGUACUACACAAUAACGUAGUUCUUGUAUCAUGCACUUAGUGCAUGCUCUAACAUUAGCAUCUGAGCUAUAUAAAUUGCACACUUUUUACUAUGAAUAAAAAGUUCACAUUAGGCAAAAUUCUUUAUUCUGAUAUUUACAUGACUAUACAAGUAUAACUAAAAAUCCAUCAUUUUUCAUCUCCGGGCAUGCUACAAGUGUACAACACCUUGUAUUGUUAACAUCACAAUCUCUCUUGUGGCUGAAACUUACUGAGCCUUUUGGACAUGAGCCCCUUUAAUACUAAUGCUUUUUAUACUGUAGAGGGUACACUGUGAAAUAAAGUGGGAUGAUUUGUGGUUGUUAAACUAUGUGCAUGCACAAUAAAGCACUAAACAUCACUUGACCAUAAUUGUGAAAAAAAUGGGAGAGAAUGAAACAAUUCAAGAGGUUUAAAAAGUUACGUCAGAUAUGUACUAACCUUUACAUGUAUGUGUGUAUAUAUAUAUGUGGCAGCCAAAGCAAAUUUGCCUAUGAUAAUACAUGGAAAUUAAAAGCCCCAGCCAUUGAUGUUUACCUAUCUUCAUACAGUCAAAAAACUUUUUUCAUAGAUUUUAUAUGCCUUAUGGGCAUAAUCUUUAACAUCCAUUGCACUUACAGUUCACUGCCCUACCAGACAAAACUUCCAUGAAAAAGCACUCAAAACACUUCUUUGGUUGAGAUACAGUGAUGUUCACAUAAUCAGAAAACUUUUGGUUCAAGUGUUGCUCUUAAGCUCACUUGAUUCAUGGUGCAAGAUUGUCUGCCAAGAUGGUGGACUCUAAGCAACUAUGAUUAAAACUGUAUAUAGGCCAUCAAUAGUACAAUGCACUCUGUUUCAUCUCCUACUAAACAAGCUUUUCCAUGCUCACUAGUUUUGCUUGUACACGAAGCUGGUCCAGAAAAUGGAAUGAUCAUACUCUUGGCAAUAGAAAUCCAACUAUCUUGCACUCCCAGUCAACAGUCAUCACACUGCCUUAUGCUUCUGAUGACAACACACUUAAACAGAUAGUAUCUCCAGUUGUUUUUACAUUGUGCUGCAGUUUAUUUGUACACAGUGCUGCAGUUAAACAACUGACUGAGCACAUUCAUUAAAGCAGGUGCAGUUGUGCUCUUUUGGUUUCUACAGAAAUGUAGUAAAUCUGGUAAGAUUGAGGGACGUUAAUGACAGAAGAGACUGAGCUUAAAAAAACCUGUUAUUGUAGUUGUGUUUAAUAAAGUGGCAAGUGCAGUUUACUUUGUGUGAGUGAGUGCAUGUGUGUGUUUUUUACAAGAACAAAGGCACAUAGUCUUUGGCAGCUGAGCCAGAGAAGUGCCAUUUAGCCCUGCUUUUGCAAGAAGGGACCAAAUCAUGCAUCCUUACAGCCACAAAGGUUACCAUCUUCAGUGUGCAAACAUGAAAUGGCUCUCUCUCUCUCAAAAAAAGCUCUCUUGAUAAACCUCUUCACGCAGCAUACCUACUGAUUGGACGCCAAAUACUCCUAGCCUGAGAACUAAACAAGGAAAAGGCCCUGUGAUUGUUUAAAAAGUGAAAUGAAAAUGCUUUAAUUCACAAUAUGAAAACAUGCAUAGCAUGCUUAUAAAUGGACUGCACUGAACUGACUGCUCAGAGUACUUGAACCUAGGAACAACUCGUGCAGCAUGAACAGCAACCUGUACACACAAAUUUCCUUAUACAAUGUGUAGACAAUGACUGCUGUCACAGUAGUAAAGCAUGGUCUAUAAAUUAUUCAGUUCUACACUCAAAAAGAAAAAAAACCCCACUAACAUAUACCUAACCUCGGAUGAAACAAGACCAACAUGAACUAUACAUAAAAAAGAUACAAUAUUAAAAAGUUUUUUAAAACUCUGUAUGCAUACAUUGAAAUCUGAUAUUUUUAAAUUAAAAUUACUUAAUUCAAAGUAUAAUUGCCAACACCAAAAAUAGAGUGAUCAAGAUACUUUAUAAAGGCAUGUUGACCAUGGGGGUAUGUGACCAAACAGGAAAUUUAAGAAAUUUGUACCUUUAUACCACUUUCUACAGAUUAUUUUAGCAGCAAAAGAAUUUUUAGAUCAAAUAGGAUCACCAUGCCAUAAAACUACCAAGCAUUCAUAGUAAACCAGUAAACCAAACUGUCUGGUGCUGAUGAUGGUGCCAAAGAUCUGUUACCAUAAACAAGAUUCUACUUUGCCCAACAAAUUAUGAGAGAGUAAACUAAUUCAAAAUCCCUAGAUACAUGCAUGCCACCAAAUAACAUAUUUUGAGGUGCUACUAUUUAUAAUGCGGAGUUUCCAUUCAUUUUUAAAACAACAAUUCAUUCCACGCAGACAUCUUUCGCUAUUUUGCACCUGCCUAUGAGAAAGUACUAAAUCAGUUUUAUCUUUAAAUGGCUAUUAAUGUGUGUGAACUAGAGCUGUAAAAUAAAUUUUAAAUAAGUGAAAACAAGAUAUCUUUUUUCUUUUAGAAUUUAGAAAAGUAUUUGAAGAACAGGAAGAUUACAAUAAAACUGAAUAGCUAUGCAUAUCUAAACUGCAAAACUAACAAACCUGUUUUUAAACUGAUUAAUUUACAAAGUGGGCCUAACCCUAAACGGAGAAAAGCAAAACCAUUAAAAUGUAACACAUUGCAACCAAUUAAGGUAUUUACUUCAUAAAAAUGACCACUGAAACUGACAAUCAGCUGAAAGAAACAAAGGUCUCAUAAUGGCCACAGGGGAAAGCUU